AUGCGAAUCCCUGGUUCGGAAAUUGCCUCCCGGGAGCCUUUUCCUGCGAACGACUGGCGAGUCGAUCUUGCCCCAGUGGAGAGAUUGCCCAGUCGGCGUCGUGAUCUGAACCGGACGACCAUCGAUAAUAGUGUUUGCGUCUAUCUCGAACUCGUGCGGGGAUUGCCCGACGACGCCUGCCGAUCGCUCUCUCUCUCUCGAUGGUCGAUGUGUCGCACUGUCAAGCCCCCUCAAACGUCGCCUAGCGUUGCAGACGCGAUCCUGGUGGAAGUCAAUCAUCAAACGAGGGAAAUCAUCUUGGCGCAGAUCAGGCCAGCGCCCAUGUCCGGGGCAUUGCCCUGCCUGACCUCCACGACCACCGCGCACCGCCGAGAAUUGCCCACCUCGGAGAAAGGAGGCGUGGUGAUCGUGAUGAUCGGGGUGAUCGUGGGUGAUAGACUUUGCCUGCACGAGAGCUUGCCUCGGUCGGGCCCUGGUCCCUGGAGGCUAGAGUCAAUAGACCUCGUGUUGGAGGGGAUUCCCCUCGCCCUGGCAUUCUCGACCCUGGAUCCUGCGAGAAUCACCAGGACUGCAUCCUAUUCAACGCGCCCAUCGUAUCGGGUAUCACGUGACGGGAACGGAGAAACGCCCCCGGUGCGAGGAACGUCCUAA